AUGGCUCCAAGGCAAGUCGUUCUCAAGUCCGCCAAGAAGGACGAUUCCAACCUCGCCCGAGAGAUCCAUCACCACCGACAAUUCGUCCACCCACAUAUUGCGAGGCUAUACGAGGUCAUCGUCACGGAAUCCCUGGUCUGGCUGGUGCUGGAGUACUGCCCAGGAGAUGAAUUGUACAACUAUUUGCUGAAGCACGGCAAGCUCCCGGUCGAUAAAGUACAAAAGACCUUCACGCAGCUCGUCGGCGCCGUCUCCUAUGUUCACAUGCAAUCAUGUGUUCAUCGCGAUCUCAAGCUCGAAAACAUCCUCCUCGACAAACACGAAAAUGUCAAGCUGGUCGACUUUGGUUUCACGAGGGAGUAUGAAGGCAAGUCCAAUUACUUGCAGACCUUUUGCGGCACCAUUGCCUACUCGGCGCCCGAGAUGCUCAAAGGCGAAAAGUAUGCUGGAGAAAAGGUGGACAUCUGGAGUUUGGGAGUUAUUCUCUAUGCUUUGCUUUGUGGCGAACUGCCCUUUGACGACGACGACGACAACGUAACGAGAACCAGGAUCCUGUCCGAAGAACCAAGAUACCCCGAUCAUAUACCCCCAGAUGCGCUGGCCCUUCUCAAGAAGCUCCUCUCAAAACGGCCCCUGCUGCGGCCUUCCCUGCCCGAUAUCCUCAACGACCCGUUUCUCUCCGAACAUGCGCCCCAGCAGCAAAUCGUCCUCAAGCUCCAACGACCCGCCCCCUUUUCGACACCGCUGGAGAAGGAGACCUUGCAGCGCAUGCGAAGCGCCGGAGUCGAUAUUGACUCGGUCAUCGAGUCUGUCCUCGCACAGAAAUGCGACACCCUUGCUGGUUGGUGGACAUUGCUGAUCGAGAAGGAAGAGCGCAAACAGAUACGCCGCGAGCGGAAGCGCAAGGAGAAGGAGCAAGAGCGUAGGAGCUCUCGGCGUCUGUCUGCCGCGUCCAGCCGGCUCGAGCGUCUGGCCACCGUCGGCGAGGAAGCCGGCUCGAACCAGUUUGUCAAACUCGGCGACCCACCGCUACCAAGGACGCGUGGUCGCAGCCAAAGACGGAGCGGUCAUUACGACAUGCGUAUCGAGGACUUCCCCGGGCUCAAGGAGCUCGGCAAGAUCAACGGGGCGUUAAGUCCAGAUGCCGAACCCCCUACUCCCAUCGAUAAGGACUCUGUGCGUUCUGCAAGUUCCUCGCGACAUCGUCGACCAAUCCCGCCACCUAAAGAGGGUGUGCUUCGGAGCGCACGGUCGAGGGGAUCCACGCUGCAUCUCGUGACCACGAGCGACGCCCUCGGUGCGGUGCCUGAAGACCAGCAAUACUCGGCGCCGCAGAAGGUCAGGAAGAAGCCUUCGCAAGUCAUUAUCGCACGCUGGAAAAAUUGGACACACUGGUUCGUCGAGAACACCACCAGGCGGGCUAAAAGCGCCGGGAAACGCGGGAGCCUUUCUACCCCUAAUCUUCUAGGCAAGAUAGGCAGCGCCAAAGACAAGCACGCUGCCGAUGCCACACCCCGCCCACAGACCAGCAAGUACCCGACCACGGCGGCUGCACCAGGCUCGUCCGCCAACACUUCCGGCCUCCCAAAGGGUGUCGUGGCAAAUGGAUACGCAAGCAAGGGAGCCGCCCAGGCCACGCAUGAUGCUACAGGCCAGCAAGGAUCGGCGUCGAACGUGCUAUCCACGCCCGCUCAGUCAAUCCAUAGGAUGAAGACCACAAACUCGUACAAACGGCAUUCCCUUUCACCCUCCCCUCUGACCCCGCGCUCCACCAUCCGGCGGUCUUCUGCAGGCGCUGGGCUACGGGGUCGAAAGUCAACCUCUUCCUCGGUGUCCUCUAUCCGCUCCAUUCACCAUCACCACCACUCGCAUUCCAAGGCCUCUUCUACUAGCUCAAACGGCUCAGUAUCUACUUCCAUGUCCAAAAGUACGCUCCAGACUGCCCGUUCCCCUCAUCAUUCGGUCAAAGUUCUCCCUGCCACACCUACCGCCACCUCCUUCCCCGCCAAUCUGCGCCUCGUCCGUGGCGCCGGCCCGCCUCUGAGCAUUUUCAACGAGGGCAUGCCCAGCAAUGGCGGGUCCGGCGUACCGCAGGCGCCCGGGUCUCCCAAUCCUUUCAACAGUCCCGGCGGGGGCUCAUCCGUCCUGUUCGCGAAGCGCAAACGCAACAUCUUCAAAGGGCCGAUGUUAGGCUUCGGUGGGGGAAGUAGUAGUGGCAGUACUGGCCGGGGAGGCUCACAUUCGCGAUCAGCAAGUGCAAGCGGCUUGGGUCGGAGGUCUGGUGAGAUCACCAUUGCCGAAGAGGAUGAAGAGGAAGAGGAAGGGGAAGACGGGGGGGAUGAGGGUCAUGCUGCCACUCAAGGUGAUGAUGCUCGCAAUGAAGAAGACGAGGGCGAGGAGAUCGAGGAGGUAGAUUGCUUCACGCCUGUCAUCAAGGGACCCGGGGAACAUAUCGAGGAGAUUUACGAAGACGAGAGCCCAGAUGCCAACGAUGCGGCGAAGAAGAGCAAAGGCAAGGGCGUGGAAAGCGCGGCUGUCAGUCCCUUGACAACGGACAACACAGAGCAUGUGGCUAUGCCAACAGCACAUUCUUGA